GGGCCAAUUUUCACAUCACAAAUUUACAAAAAUUCAAACAAAUUGUUGUUAAAAACAUUGCUUUAUCAUAACAUUAUUGGCCCCCCAAAUAUGUUCUUUUUUUUUUUUUUUUUUUUUUUUAAUAUUAAAAACUUUUAUAAAUCAAGAAGUUGAAAUUAGUUUUUGAAUUAAAGGUAUAUCAACCGGUGAUCGAAUAUCUCGUGCAAUAGUCUAUUUAUUCGCCUUAAUAUAUUUAUUUAUUGGUGUUGCUAUUAUAUCAGAUCGUUUUAUGGCAGCUAUUGAAGUUAUUACAUCGCAGAAACGUGAAAUACGAAAGAAAAAUCCGGAUGGAUCAUUUUCAGUUACUACUGUUAGUAUUUGGAAUGAAACGGUAUCAAAUUUAACUCUAAUGGCUCUUGGCUCAUCAGCACCUGAAAUAUUAUUGUCAAUUAUUGAAGUAGUGGGCAAAAAUUUUGAAAGUGGCGAUCUAGGUCCUGGUACGAUUGUUGGUAGUGCCGCAUUUAAUCUGUUUGUUAUUAUUGCUAUUUGUAUUUUAUCGAUACCUCGCGGUGAAGUACGUCGUAUUCGUCAUUUACGUGUAUUUUUCGUAACCACAGCAUGGAGUAUAUUUGCAUAUAUUUGGUUAUGGGCUAUUGUUGCCAAAAUUUCGCCCGGUUUAAUCGAUAUUGUCGAGGGUACAUUAACAUUUUUAUUUUUUCCAUUAACUGUACUUUCAGCGUAUAUUGUUGAUACAAAAGUGGGUAAUUACUUACGUGUUCGUAUAACGUCCCAAAGAAAAAUAAAAUUAGAUGAAGAUGGAAAAAUUAUCUCAGAACACGAUGAAAAGGUUGAUGGUGAUGUACUAAGAGAUAAUCUAGGAUCUACAACGAAUAAUUAUAGACAAAAUGAUACAGAUUCAUUGGCAUAUGACAAAAAAAGUUCAAUAGCUAUUAGUAAAAGUUUAUCAGGUGCAUUAUUAAAUCAAAUUGGUGAAUCGACAUCAGAUACCCCAUUGUAUGAACAAGUCGAACAACAACGACGACAAGAAUUUAUUGAUAUAUGGAGAGAUUUAAGAAAAUUACAUCCAGAUUAUGAUGUGAAAGUAUUAAAUGAAAUGGCAGCCGUUGAAAUGAUGAAUCGUGUACCAAAAUCGAGAGCCUAUUACCGUAUUCAAGCCACAAAACGAUUGGGUGGUGGCGGAAACGUCAAACGGAAAUUAUUAGAAAAAUUAAAUGAACCUGAUCGAAUUGAAUUAGAUAAAACUCAAGCAAAAGAUGCUACAUCUUCAGCCAACAUAACUAAAAUUCAUUUUGAACCUAGUCAUUAUACAGUGUUAGAAAAUGCGGGUUAUGUUACUUUAAACGUUAUAAGAGAAGGUGGAAAUAUGCGUAAUUCGAUAUAUGUUGAUUUUUCAACAGAAGAUGGUACAGCAACACAAGGACAAGAUUAUGAAGCAACUGAAGGUACACUUAUAUUUUAUCCUACAGAAAAUCGUAAACAAAUUCAAGUGAAAAUAAUUGAUGAUGAAAUAUUUGAAGAAGAUGAACAUUUUGCUGUUAAAUUAAGUAAUAUACGAGUUAAAGAUAGUCAAGGACAAUUGACACCUGGUGCUUAUGAUAAAACUGUUUUAUUAUUGGAACCUACAUCAGCCAUUGUCAUGAUUAUUGAUGAUGAUCAUUCGGGCAUGUUUGUUUUUGAAACGGAUGAAAAAACUAUUAUCGAAUCGGAUGGCGUAGUUGUUAUUAAAGUUUUACGUACGUCUGGUGCAAGAGGACGAGUUCGUAUACCCUAUUCAACCGAAGAUGAAACAGCAAAAAGUGGCAAAGAUUAUCAAGCAACGAACGGUGAUAUUAUAUUUGAAAAUAAUGAAAAUGAAAAAACGAUUGAAGUUCCAAUUAUUGAUCUUGAUCAAUAUGAACGAAAUGAAACAUUUUUAGUUCAUCUUGGUGAACCGGUUUUGGUCGAAGAAGAAGAACGCAUUACACCUCUGACCGAAGAGGAAAAACGAAUUGCUGAGCUUGGACGUCCAAAAUUAGGUGAUAAAAAUUUAUUACGCGUACGAAUACGUGAGAGUAAAGAAUUUAAGAAUGCUGUUGAUAAAGCGUUGUAUAGAGCAAAUACGGCAAUUCUUGUGGGAACUUCAACUUGGAUUGAACAAUUUAAACAAGCAUUUUGUGUUAAAGAAGACGAUGAUGACGAUGCAGAUGAUGAUGAUGGGAAGGAACCAGCAACUUGUAAAGAUUAUAUGCUUCAUUUUAUUUCAUUUUUUUGGAAAUUUUUAUUUGCCUUUGUUCCACCGACAAGUCUGGCUGGUGGCUGGGCAUGUUUUUUUGUGUCGAUAAUAAUUAUUGGCGUAUUAACAGCAUUUAUCGGUGAUUUAGCAACACAGUUUGGAUGUACCGUAGGUCUUACAGAUACAAUGACAGCCAUUGCUUUUGUAGCAUUGGGAACAAGUCUGCCAGAUACAUUUGCUAGUAAAGUCGCAGCAGAACACGAUAAAUAUGCAGAUAGUUCAAUUGGUAAUGUAAAUGGUUCAAAUGCAGUCAAUGUUUUUCUUGGCAUUGGAUUACCAUGGGCAAUGUCUGCAUGGUAUCAUUAUUUUAAAAAUACAAAAUUUGUCGUCGAAAAAGGUUCAUUAUCAUUUAGUGUAACAUUAUAUUGUUCAUUUGCUGCAGUAGCUGUUGUAUUACUAAUGUUAAGACGUUUAAAAUGUUUUGGUGGCGGAGAACUAGGUGGACCAUUUAAAUAUCGUGUCAUAAGUAGUCUAUUAUUUUUAUUAUUAUGGAUAUUUUAUUUAAUAUUCAGUGGUCUAGAAAAUUAUUGUCAUAUAAAUCUAUAG